UUGGGGUGCAGGCUGCCGCAGGAGACCGGAUGGGACACAUACUGAGGGGUAAGAUGACAUCGGUGCUGCACCUGACGAGGUUUUCUGCUAUUUUUAGGCGAAAUGUCGCCGUUUUUCCUCGCGGAAGCGGUCCCGGGACAACAACGACUCCGUGUCGUACUGCAGUCUGCACAUCUACAGGUGCCGUUUUGCCCAAACCGAGAAAGACGCCAUUCGGUUUGAUGCGUAUUGCCAUGGUGGUGGCUCCUUUCCUGUAUGUGGGAACACUGAUCAGCAAAAACUUUGCUGCUCUCCUGGAGGAGCACGACAUCUUUGUCCCAGAAGAUGAUGAUGAUGAUGACUGAACUCAGGUGUCUCCAGAUAUCUGAAGCUGCUGCUAAUGGAGGAAGAUUACAUCGCAGAGAAACAGCAGAGUGUCUUAUCAUUUCUCAAACGCCACUUUAGAGUGACUCUGCAGUGAGCAUGGGUGUGUGUUUGUGUGUGUGUGUGUGUGUGUGUGUGUGUGUGAGAGAGUGUGUAUUUAACAGAGCUGAGCUCUCCUACUCUCUGCAUGAAGCCCAAUAAAGUCAACACUGGAGAAACCAG